UUCCGGUUUGAUUGGCUCCGGGGAAGGCGGAUGUGAGCCAGCCAAGCUCGUGAGGAUUUGUCAGCUGGCCGAGUUCGUCAACACUACAACCGGCGCGUUCGUCCACGACUCCAGUCCGAAUCCAAGGAGGCUCCGCUCGUUUGUUUUUUUUUUUUUUUUUUUUUUACUCGAGCCCGUCGCGCUGGAACUGAAACCGCCAGUGACGAACCGCGGAGGAGGCUCACGUUGACUCGACGAAGCGGGAUGUAAACACAACAGCGCUGCGGCAAUGGCGAGAGGAACAAAAGAGACUUGUCUUCAACUAACCAGUAGCUAAACCGGUUAACGUUAACCGACUUAACUGGGACUUCAUCAGUGGGGUACGGGCACGUCAAACAUACACUUCUGUCGACGAGAAGCUAAACAAUGGUGGAACGUGAACGGGUCAACUAGUCACUAGUGGUGACAUGACUUUCUGGGUGACGCUAGCAAGAGGACCCAGUUGCAUCCUCGUCUAACUAAAGCCGAAGGGAAGUGAAUGCCUUUUGGCCAUGGCGGCUGUGGUUAGUUACACGCCACCGUGGUGGGUCAACCUGCUGCACCGACUUCCACAUUUCAACUUCAGGUUUGAGCAAACGAGCAGCGACUUCCAGCCAGAGGACUGGACCUACCAACAGUCCAUCCUGUUAUUCGGAGGUGUGGCGCUGGCCUGUCUGGCUCUGGACUUGCUUUUCCUGCUCUUCUACUCCGUUUGGCUAUGCUGCCGGCGCAGCAAAAACCCGGAGCAGCCGUCGGCCGACUGCUGCUGCACCGCCUGGUGUGUCAUCAUCGCGACGCUCGUGUGCAGCGCUGGCAUUGCUGUGGGUUUCUAUGGGAACGGCGAGACUGGCGACGGAGUGAAUCGGCUGACUUAUUCCCUGCGCCACGCAAAUCGCACAAUCACUGGUGUGCAGAAGCUGGCUUCCGACGGAACGUCCUCGCUGAACCGGACGGUAGAUGGCAACUUGCAGCAGCUCGAGGGCCAGUACGCCCAGCACGCGGACUACCUGUCCAUCAUCCAAAAGCUCCAGGGCGAGUUGGACGAGCUGGUCAAACAGAUGGCGGAGAUCCCCUUCUGGGACAACAGCGACAUCUCCCUGGAGGAGCUGGCUGUCCAAAUCGAGCUGUAUGACUGGUACAGGUGGCUGGGGUAUCUCGGUCUCCUCCUUUUCGAAGUCCUCAUUUGUCUGCUGGUGCUGUUUGGCCUCAUUCGCAACUCCAAGGGGACGCUCAUCGGGGUCUGCUUGUUUGGUGUUGUGGCUCUGGUGGUCAGUUGGGCCUCGCUCGGGCUGGAGUUUGCUGUCUCUGUGAGCUCCAGCGACUUCUGCGCGGCUCCUGACACGUACGUCACCCAAGUGGCCGAGCGGUAUGGAGUCAUCAAUCAAGAAAUCCUCAAGUACUACCUUAGUUGCAGUUUGGAGCAAACCAAUCCCUUCCAGCAGAAGCUUUCCGGGAGCCACAAAGCGCUCGUCGAGAUGCAGGGCGACGUGCUGGAGCUUCUGCGCUCGUCCACCGGGCAAUACAAACAAGCUCAGGGAAGCUUGGAACAGAUCCAGGGGAUACUGAACACCACAGAGAUCAGCCUUCAUCAGCUCACAGCCUUGGUGGACUGCCGUAGCCUGCACAUGGACUACGUGCAGGCCGUGACGGGGCUGUGCUACGACGGACUGGAGGGCCUCAUCUACCUGGUGCUCUUCUCCUUCGUGACGGCCCUCAUGUUCAGCUCCAUCGUUUGCAGCGUGCCUCACACCUGGCACAGCAAGCGGUCGGACGAGGACAGCGACGACGGCUCGCUGGGUCGGGGCGGGAGGCAGAACCAUGACAACCUGUACCGGGUCCACAUGCCCAGCCUGUACAGCUGCGGCAGCAGCUACGGGAGCGAGACCUCCAUCCCUGCCGCGGCGCACACAGUCACCAACGCGCCGGUGACCGAGUACAUGGCUCAGAACGCCAACUUCCCAAACUCCCGCUGCGAAAACACGCCCCUGAUCGGCCGAGAGUCCCCUCCGCCCUCGUACACCUCCAGCAUGCGGGCAAAGUACCUCGCUAACAGCCGACCAGAGUCCAACACCCCUGCAUCAGACUAGCCGGAACCGGACCACAACAUCUUAAAAAAAAAAAAAAAAAAAAAAAAAAGUAUUUGAAGUCACUCCACC